AUGGAUCUCCUGCCUGUGGAGCAGAAUACCCUCACCGGGGAGUUGGACACUAACAAGGAGAAAAGAGAGGCCAUACCCGCACAACCUAGUCGUUUAUGUAUGGAAGAUGAGAGAUGUAGACUUUGUCUGUUCAACUUGGAGGAAGACGACAUGGUUGUUGUCCGUGUGUCAGAUGCUCCAGAGGAAAGGUUCUCCCCAGAAUUCCCUUUCUCAAUAAUGCAUCACACAUACGACAGUAUCAACCGCAUCCGCAUACAUGCCUGUCGUCGGCCUUGCAAAGAAAAGGGCCACCUCACUCCGUUCUUCCACGCUGAGUGUCGGAAAUUCAAACAGCAUGACGUUUCCAGAGUUGUGUCCACUGGAGCCUUCCGAUUUGAACCGACGGUACAUGAGCAGCACCGUCGUUUCACUCAUAUCAAGCAUUUUCUAGCGCAAAGAUUGGAUGCUAUGUUUCAAGUGAAGCUUCCUACUGAGAUAUUAGACAUAAUAGCCCAGAUGCUUGUUCACGAAUGUGCUACAAUCACAAACCAGGAGCGAUCUGUGGGGAGGACUGAAGAACAUGAGCUAAUUCGUUUGGACUCUGCGGUAUAUGCAACAUAUUCCGUGGUUGAUGGCUUACGUUAUGUGAAGAGUCUCACGAAUUUUCCUGUCCCAGACAGAGACGGAUACGCGCUACUGAGCAAGGAAGGACAAACUCUUAAUCGGCUUUAUAUCGCGCAUAGCUAUAGAGGUGUCCGAGCGAUCAAAUUAUGCCCAUCAAAUGUGUCUAUGUCGGGCCCAUGUCCGAUCACGGGUUGUUAUUGGCGAAACAUCCCCGACGUCGAAAGGAUAGUCAUCCACGACAAUGGUUUAAUGAUACGGGGUAUAGACGUCCUAAGAGAGCCUCGUCACCGUAGCAUCAGUGAUGACACGCACUGGGCGAAUCUCGAGCAUCCAUCUGACAUCAUAGAUCUUCAGAACUUGGGUGAGGGCCUGAGUUUAGACAACAGUGACGUCCGGAUGGCAUCUUUUGACUGCAAUGCGGAGGGCAUCACCGGAUAUACCGUGGUCACUGACGGACAUCGAACGGCCACUGUCCAUGCCCACAGAUCUGGCGAAAAGGCUAAAUUCUAUGAUGAGAUAGAUUAUUCAUGGCCUUGUGGCUUCUUCAUUUACAUGCCACUGGAUGAGGGAGAGUAUUUGGCAGAGAUCUGCCGUCACCAUGGUAAAGAUCCCAACUCUGACGAAAAGGGCUCAGGCAGUUUGGUGUUUGUUACAAACAAAGGGAGAGCCAUUUUGUUCGGCGCCGCUCUCUCUCUGGUUGACAUUACAGCAUUCCACAAGUUGGCAACACUCUCGCCAAAUGGUUCACAGAUUUAUAUCAACGACUGGACUUACGAUUUCAUAGAUGAAAUACGAUAUAUCGCAUUCAGUCAAGGCCUAGUACCCUUAGAAGAACAACCAAUUCCCUCUUGUCUGGUUCCUGACUUCCCGAGCGCCUGCACCAAAACCAAUGGACCCUGGUUCAAAUCAUCUUGCAGCAUGACAGGUAUAAGUGAGAUAACUCUUUGCAGAAAUACUUCACUUGCGCAUAAACCCAUCAUCGGAAUGUUACUGUACUAUGACAACGGCCAUCGAGAAUGUCUCGGCCGAUUCCGUUUCGAUAAGACUUUGGAGACGCUUCGUCUUGACAUGAAUACGGACUUAUACGUCGGAUCAGGACGAAACAUCUGGGACUUUCUGUAUAUUGAACAGAUCCUUACUUCUCCCCGUUACAACAAGGCACAUCUCCGCUGGAUGAAGCUUCCGCGCGACGGUGUCUUGGAAUGGUGGAACUCUUACCAGCACUCCAUUUUGCGUCACUUGUCGGAGAAGGUCACCAACCUUGAUGGCGACCGAUUGUAA